CAAAGCCAUCAUCAACUUCCAUAAACCUCCCUCUUUCUCUUCCACCGUUCCGCAAUGCAAAAUACCAGUCUCGGACUGAAUCACCCACCUCUGCACACCGUCCCGUUUCUCUCUAACCCAGAAACGCCAUGCAUAUAUAACCCUCGUUUCCAUUCCAUCUUCCCAUUUUCCUCUUUCUUAGCCCCUAAUACUUACCUCAACCGACAAAGCUUUGGUCCUGUUUUCGCCGAUAUCUCCGGUAUACUUUCGCUCGCAGAGCUUAACAAGAAAGAAGAUGGAGUCGAAACCAAUAGCGGAACGUUGGAAGAAUCGACUCCGGUUCUUGACGGAAUAGCUGCUGUUGUAGGCGAAAACGUUCUGUUUGGAAGCAAGAGAAGCACCGGCACCGCUGCCGGAACAAUCACCGGUGCUGCCAUCACCACCACCAUUAACAACAGCAAUGAUGUAACUGGAGGUUUUGUUUCAGCGUCAAAACGUUUCAGGCACGACAAAGACGGUGGUCAUGACGACAAGAGUAGUGCUGCAAUUUCGGUGCAGAAGAACUACAGAGGAGUGCGGAAAAGGCCGUGGGGGAGGUGGUCAGCGGAGAUACGCGACCGCAUUGGGCGAUGCCGCCACUGGCUUGGGACCUUUGACACUGCAGAAGAAGCGGCGCGUGCAUACGAUGCGGCGGCUAGGCGGCUGAGGGGUUCUAAAGCCAAGACUAACUUCGAGAUUCCAUCAGUCCUGCCCCUUGCAUCACCUUCAUCAACAUCUUCUUCCUCCUCCGCAGAGGUGAAAAAGAAGGUCAAAGGAAAGGUGAACAAUGAAAGAAAGUGCUCAGUGGUCACCUCCAUGGCUCAUUUGUUCAGUUCUGGUGGCGGCGGUGGAGGAGCCGGAGGGAACGGUAACUUGGAGUUGGAGUUGAAACUGGGAAUGGGUUUAGUUCGUGGUGGCGACGCAAGUAACACUAAUAGGAAUGCCGCAUCAAACGGUGGUUUGGUGUUUUAGUUAUUAUAUAUCAGUCUCUAAAUAUAUAUGAAUUAGCAAGCCAUAUAUAAAGAUAUUAGGUAUCUUUGUUUUUCGUAAUCUAAAUUAGUCAUGGUUUAUGGAAGAAAGGAGAGUGUUGUUUUUGUGUAAGACUGCUGGUUUCCUUGACCAGUUUAAAUCUGGGAAGAUAUGAAUAUACUAGUAAAAGUAUAAAUGUAGUGGAGUAGU